AUGGGAGUUUUAUGUGACUUGUUUGAUUACUCAGUGGUGCGCGAUAUUUUACAAGUUCCGUUGACAGAAGAAGUGGUCGAAGACCGUAUGGUCUGGAAGGAUGAUGUUAGCGGUAACUAUAGUGUUCGAUCGGGAUAUAGAAGUUGGAGGAAGCAUCAAAAAAGUGGUGGCUCGAUUAAGGGAGGAGUAAAAUGGAGUACUCUCUGGAAUAUAAUAGCUCUGAAUCGAGUGAAACAUCUUCUUUGGAGGAUUUAUAGUGAUUGUCUCCCAUCUAAGGUGCGUCUUAUUCAACAUCAUGUUCCAUGUAGUCCCAUCUGUCAGCUUUGUGCUCAUAAUUAUGAGGACGAUUGGCAUGUUUUUGUUGGUUGUUCGAAAACUCUCUCUUGUUGGCAGUCGACAGGUCUUACUUAUAUCAUCUCUCCUCGUCUCCAUAAAUUCCAGGAUCUCAGGUCCUUUAUCUUGGAUAUUUGCAUGAAGGAGGAUAGGUAUACCGCAGGAAGAGUGGCGUUUAUGUUGGAAGGGUUAUGGAAGAAUAUGAACGACUACGUUUGGCAUAAUGAAAAGGAAGAUGCAUCCAAACUUGGAUGGCUAGCAUUCCAUAAGUGGAAAUAUUGGUUUAUGGCCCAAAAUAUUCGGGAGCCGCAGUUAGAUAACAGAGAAGUGGUUACCUGGAACCCUCUUCCUAUUGGUAGCUUCAAAUGUAAUGUGGAUGCCGCUUUCAACAAGCGUGUAGGGACUACGAAUCGAGGGUGGUGUAUGCGUAAAGACCAUGGUAACUUUGUUUCCGCGGGUACGGCUUGGGAUGGUAGUACUUUCUCGGUGCUAGAAGCGGAGGCCUUAGCUCUUAAGAAAGCAAUUCAAUCAGUUACUAUGCUUCAUAAUGCUCCGACGAUUUUUGAAAGUGAUUCUCAACAGGUGGUCCAAGCCCUUAGCUCUAAUACGCCGGGUAGCUCUGAGUUUUUCUCUAUUAUUAAUUCUAUUAAGUUAUUGCUAUUAGACUUCCCCAACUUUGAGGUUAAGUUUAUCAAGCGUAAAGCGAAUAUGGUUGCCCAUACCUUAGCUAAGACGGUCAAUUCUUGGUCUCGACGCUGGAUGUUUGAUGUAAUUCCUCCUUGUAGUACUCUUUAUCUGAUUAAUGAAAACAGUUAA